AUGACCCGCGCGCAGCCCGCACCCCAGCUCGCCGCGGCGCUCCUCCUCCCCUUCCUGCUGCUGCUGCUGCUCGCGCCCGCGGAGGUCGCGGCCUCCACGCUCGCCGUCGCGGGGGGCUCCGCCGUCUGCGGCGUCGCCGCCGACAACGGCACCGUCUACUGCGUCGCGCCCGGCGCCGGCUCGUCGGCCUACAACGCCUCCGCCUCGCCCGUCGCGCCGUGGCUCGUCUUCUCGCAGGUCUCGGGCGGCGCGGGCUUCCUCUGCGGCGUUGGCGCGGCCGCGGGUGGUGGCGUCCCCGCGCUCUUCUGCUGGCCGCCGGCGGUCCCGGGGCAGCUCAGGCGGGUGUACAGGGGCCCUGCGCCCCUCUCGGACCUCGCCGUCGGGGCCGAGCACGUCGCCGCGUACGACGGGCAGGCGCGCGGGAUCCGAUGGUGGAGGAGGGAGUCCGGCCAGUUCCCGGAGCUGGCCCUCGGCAAGUUCGGCUCCCUCGUCUCCGGCGACGGCUUCACCUGCGCGCUCGACACGGGCUCCUCCUCCUCCGCGGUCCGCUGCUGGGGGGCUAGAGGUAGCGCCGUGCAGGCGGCCUUCGCCAACGUCUCUGUGUCGUCCCUCGCCGCGGGGGGCUCCCGCGCGUGCGGCGUCGUGUCGGCCACCGGCGCCGUGCUCUGCUCUGGCUUUGUGGACAAGCUCCCGCAGAACGACCUCUACCCGCACGGGCUCGCCGUCGGCGACUCCCACGCCUGCGGUCUCCGGCGGCCUAACCACACCGCCGUGUGCUGGAACCUCGCGGGGCCGACCCCCACCGUCUACUUCCCGGCCUUCGGGACGGCGUUCGAGUUCCUCGUCGCCGGCGGCAACCUCACGUGCGGCCUCGUCACCGCAAACUUCACCGUGCAGUGCUGGUCGUCGACCUCGCCGGCGGCGGACAACGCCGCGGUGAUGGUGCCGUUGCCCGCGAUUCUCCCCGGCUCCUGCGUCCUCAACGAGUCCUCGUGCGAAUGCGGCGUUUACCCUCGGUCCGGAGAGCUCUGCGCGAGCGCGCGCGCGGGCGGCGGCGUUAUCUGCAAUAGGCUGUGCGACACCUCGACGCCGCCGCCGGCACCGGCGUCGCCUCCUCAGUCACCAACGACGGCUACAAAGCCAUUGUCCAAAGUCUGGAUCGCCUUCGCCGUCGUAGGCGCGGUCGGUGUCUUCGCUGGCAUCUGCUCCAUCAUCUACUGCUUCGUCUUCGGCUUCUGCAGCCACAAGAGGAUCCAUAACUCCGUCCAGCCCAAUCUCGCCACCAACGCCCCUGCCGCGGCGGCGGAUAACGUCGGUGGCGUCGGCGUUGGAGUCGGCGCCGGGGCCGUGGCGAGCCCCUACGGCUCGCCGAACGGGUCACGGGCGCGUGGCCUCUUCCGGCGGCAGCUCUCCCGCGCCAUGACGCGGCAGCGCAGCGGGCCGUCGUCCUUCAACUUCAAGGAGCACACCGAGGAGUACACGUUCGCGCAGCUGGCGACGGCGACGAACGGCUUCGAGCCGGAGGCCAAGAUCGGCGCGGGGAGCUUCGGCACGGUGUACCGCGGCAAGCUCCCCGACGGCCGCGAGGUCGCCAUCAAGCGCGGCGAGGCGUCGGGGCCAAUGGCGCGCAAGUUCCAGGAGAAGGAGAGCGCGUUCCGGUCGGAGCUGGCCUUCCUCUCCCGGCUCCACCACAAGCACCUCGUCAGCCUCGUCGGCUACUGCGAGGAGAACGACGAGCGGCUGCUGGUGUACGAGUACAUGAAGAACGGCGCGCUCUACGACCACCUCCACCCCAAGGGCGGCGGCGCGGACGCCGACGCGGCGUCGCCGGUGGUGUCGUCGUGGAAGCUGCGCAUCAAGAUCCUGCUGGACGCGUCGCGGGGCAUCGAGUACCUGCACUCGUACGCCGUGCCGCCCAUCAUCCACCGCGACAUCAAGUCGUCCAACAUCCUGCUGGACGGCGGGUGGGUGGCGCGCGUGUCGGACUUCGGGCUGUCGCUGAUGGGGCCGCCGGAGACGGAGGAGGCGGGCGGCGCGCAGGCGCAACCGCAGCACCUGUCCAUGAAGGCCGCCGGCACGGUGGGGUACAUGGACCCGGAGUACUACGGCCUGCACCACCUCACCGUGAAGAGCGACGUGUACGGCUUCGGCGUGGUGAUGCUGGAGACGCUGACGGGGAAGCGCGCCAUCUUCAAGGAGGCCGAGGGCGGGAGCCCGGUGAGCGUGGUGGACUACGCGCAGCCGAGCAUCGUGGCCGGGGAGCUCGGCAAGGUGCUGGACGGGCGCGCGCCGGAGCCGUCGCCGCACGAGGCCGAGGCCGUGGAGCUGGUGGCGUACACGGCCGUGCACUGCGUGCGGCUCGAGGGCAAGGACCGGCCGGCGAUGGCCGACAUCGUGGCCAACCUGGAGACGGCGUUCGCGCUCUGCGAGGGCAGCGCGGGCGGCAGCCGCGGCGCCGGCGGCACCACCACGGGCGGCGGCUUCGGCAACAGCUCGUCCAGCGCCAGCCUCUCCAUGACGUCCAUGGAGCUGUCCGGAAGGCUCGCGGAGUAG